CCUUAAAACAGCAGGUACACUCAGAUUCUGCAGGCAGGACACUGAGCCUUUUCCAUCCUAACUUUAACAUCCACCCACUCCUUACACAAAGCUUUUCAGCAGGAUUCUUUAGCACAGAGCUGGAAAUCAAUCCAAUAUUUUAAUCCAUCAAUCCACAUGAUCACCUCAGCCUAAGGCAACGCGGUGUCAAGCUAAUGCUAUUCCACCUGAGAAGGGUAUCGAAGAUGGACUGACGCUUUCUCUGCAUCUUAUGCUCAGUCAUCAACUAUGGAGGAAUUCCAAAGAAAACUGAACCAGCACUAUGAAUCCACCAAGCCCAGGAAGGCGAGUUAUUUAUGGAGCAACCUUCAUUUAGCUUUAAAGGUUAGGUUUAAGCUGGCAUCAUCCUACAGUGGUCGGGUGCUGAAGCACGUGUAUGAGGAUGGUCAGGAGCUGGAGAGUCCAGAGGAAAAAUACCCUCACAGCUUCAUCCACCGUAAAAUCCCACCUAGCCACCUUGAGAUGGAACAGUUUGGCAGCUUUGAGGAGUCUCAUAGAAAGGAACAAGGUUUCUAUCCCACAACGGGACUCAUUGCCCAAAGAAUAAAUGUAUACCGAGGGCUGAGAAACUACAAGCCUGCAGGUGGUCAGACAGAAGAAACAGAGGGUGACAGCAAGUCCUCAGUUUUGGACUUUGGCAAAAUUAUCAUCUACACCAGCAAUCUACGCAUAAUACGAGCACCACCGAAGAAGCCUGACAUGAUACGGCAGCACUCUGUCCCUCCGCUGGACUUGGAGGGAUGUCCAAAGGCCAUGGACAGGGGAAGCCGGAGGAGGAAAAAAACUGUUCAGGAAGAGGAGAGCGGGGAAAAGGAGGAGAAGGGGAUUAGCAACACAGAUACCAAGGAGGCCGACAGCUGCCAGCAUUGUGGCGGUUCAGGCUGCGCUCCGUGCUCCCUCUGUCAUGGCAGCAAGCUGUCCAUGCUAGCAAACCGCUUCAAUGAGUCCAUCAGCGAUCUUCGUUGCCAAGCCUGCUACCCCCAUGGAUUGGAGAGGUGCCAGUCUUGCUCUAGCAAAUAGCACCAUUUGGCUGGCAACCAUGUCUGGCAGUGUGAGUGCAGCCCUGAGUGUGUGAUCGACGUGCUAUCGCCUUGUCAGAACUGCCUCAGCUGCAGUACUGCUUUAAUCCAAAAUGUUCUUGGUGGGAUGUUUCAGAGCUCUACUAGGAGAUAUAGCCAUUAGAAGUCGAAUAGGGAAUAGUGACUGUUCUGGAGGCACAAAAUCAUGAAAUAACAAUUACUGUGUGCAGUGAAUGUUGCAUGAGAUAACACAAACACAUAAUCCUUUUUUCUUUUUUUGUUUUCCUUUUUUUUUGCAUUGGUGCACCUCAUCCCCAUAAAACAUUAUUCGACAACCUUGUUACAAUUUUAAUUAAAAUGACAAAUCUGUGGAGGUUAAAUGUUCUUAUCGAGAAAGUUGCUCUUUUCAAAUUUUUUUCCCAGUUUAUUAUAUGGAGAGAACAUGACCUUUAUCAUGUCAAAAUGAUGUAUUUUUCAGCACUAAUUGCUGUUUAUUUUUUAUCAGCCGAAAAGAAAACAGAUGACAUAAAAAUAUGGAAACUGUGAGAAACAUGUUAAGAUCAACCAAUUGUAUAACGAGACUUACUGUAGUCACAAAACCUUUUAAAACCAUCUUUAAAUAAAGAGUUCAUAAAUGUUCUACAUCCUAAAUUGUUUCCAAACUACAGCAUCAAUCCUUUGUACAUACUAGCUGAGAAUCAAAGUGGGAGACAUAUUGAAUAAAUCACAACAGCUGAGCCAGUUCAGGGCAGACAAAAAGUAAAGCUGACAUCAACUCCCCAGCCCCACCCCCAGUUUGCU